CAUCGAACCCCCUUCUGCCCGUUUCGACAGCACGUGCCUGGCCACCCCUGCGGAUCCAGGGGGGGGAGGGCGACUGCUGCCCCGCCCGGAGCAGGUGGACAAGGCGGCCUGUGGGGCCAGGGCCAGGGCCACGCCAGUGGGGGCGGGCAUCGGCCCAGCGGUGCUCGCAGGUGGAGCGUGCUGGCCUGCUGAAGCUCCUGGGCUCCGCCCUGGACGGGCUGACCGCGGAGCGCCAAGAGGCCGGCAGGGGCGAGAUGGCGCGCUUGUGCGGGCAGCUGGCCGCGCAGCUGGAGGGGGCGAAGGCCGGCUGCCAGCAGGAGCUGGCGCGGGCGCUGCAGGGCCUGCAGGCGGAGAGGGCCUCGGAGCCGCAGGGGGUGCGCCAGGAGCUCGAGCUCGAGGCGGAGCGCCUCCGCGCCGAGCUGGCCAGCGCGGAGCAGCGGGUCAAGGACGGGCUGCAGGACCGCCAGAGGCUGUCGCGCGCCGUGGAGGGCGCGCGGCGGGACAUGGCGGGCCUGCAGGCCGAGCUCGAGCGCCUCCGCGCCGCGCCGGAGCCCUCCGCGCGGGAGCUGCGGGAGGAGGUGGCCCAGCUGCGCCGGCAGCUGGCCGCGGAGAAGGAGGCCCAGAAGAGGAUCCAGCGGCAGGCGGACACCGACGUCGUGCGCUCGCUCGUCGCCCUCCGCGACCUCGACGCCAAUUUCUUUUCGCCCGCGCGCUGACGCGGGCGAGGUGUCUGCUUCGCCGCGCCUGGAAGUCUGGGCAGUCCCGGCCUGACCUGCGAGAUCGGCCAGUUGAGGGCCCCAUGUCCUUGAUGGGCCAGUUUUUCACCGCCGCUAUCAGAGGUAGCACGGGGG